AUGGAAAUGGAAGACCAUAACCAUCAUCAUCAACAUCAACAACAUCAACAUCAUCAUCAUCAUGAGCAGCAGCAACAACAACACUAUGGUGGUAGCAGUAGUAGUAAUACUAUAACUGAUCUCACACAACUCAUUAACAUUGGACAAAGAUCAACAACAAUACCCACCCACUUUCCCACGGCGGAGCUAUUCCCUUCCGGCAACCACCCAAAUCUGGCAGCAACGGCGACACAACAACAAUACGAGAUGAUGAUGUUUGGUCGUCAAGUAGCCGAUAUAAUGCCUCGUAGUCUUCAUGACUUUGUUUCAACUGAUUCUGCUGCUGUUGUUGCUGCUGCUGCAACCACCACUACCACGAGCGCCUCAACUCCUUCUCUUAGCGGUAAUUUAGAGGCGGAAACAACCGGUUGCAUUGGUGGAGGAGGAGGUGGAAACAUCGUUGAUGCUUCCACCGGUAGAUGGCCGAGACAAGAGACUCUUACUCUUCUUGAAAUCAGAUCUCGUCUUGAUCCACAAUUCAAAGAAGCUACUCAAAAGGGUCCUCUUUGGGAUCAACUCUCUAGGAUAAUGUGUGAAGAGCAUGGAUAUCAACGAAGUGGAAAAAAAUGCAGGGAAAAGUUUGAAAAUCUAUACAAAUACUACAAGAAAACAAAAGAAGGAAAAGCAGGAAGACAAGAUGGUAAACAUUACAGGUUCUUUCGUCAACUCGAAGCUUUAUACGGAGAAAACAAUAACCCUUGUUCAUCUUCACUCCCACAAAACAAUUUCGGAACCAACAACAAUCAAGAAAUGUUUCAUUCUCACAACAAAUACUGUGAUAGUCUCAGCCUCACAAACUCUACCGAAUUCGACACGUCUUCGUCUGACAACGACAACGAUCAUAGCAUCGAGGGAUCGAUGGAGAAGAGAAAAAAGAGGAUGAGUGGAAGAAGCUUCUGGAAGGUAAAGAUAAAAGACUUCAUUGAUUCACAAGUGAAGAAGUUGGUGGAGAAGCAAGAGGAAUGGUUGGAGAAACUCACGAAAACACUCGAACAAAAGGAAAAGGAGAGAGUUUUAAGAGAAGAAGAAUGGAGGAAACAAGAGAAAGAGAGGUUGGAAAAAGAGCAUAGUUUUUGGGCUAAAGAAAGAGCAUGGAUUGAAGCUAGAGAUGCCGCUUUAAUGGAAGCUUUGCAAAAACUAAAAGGAAAGGACGACGAGACAAUUACAAAGACUCAAUCUUCAUCUCAUGAUGGAAACAAGAAGAGAAAGGAAAACACAAGAGGUUUAUUCUACUUCGAUAAUAACAACAAUGUUGAAAGAUCUUGUUUAUAUAACAACAAUGGAGUAGGAGUAGGAUCUUCUUAUUGUGAUGAUCAAAUUCAAAGGGAAGUACAAAGGAACGACGGUUCAAAUUCUAACAAUAUUGUUGUUGCAGCUGAAAGUUGUUUUCCAUUUUUGAUGGGUGAGGGUGGAAAUUUGUGGGAUAAUUACAGGGUUAAUAAACCUAAUCAAAACCAGUGA